AUGACUGAUUUGGGCUGCAAGAAACACAGUGACUGCACAGUCUCCAGGUUGCUCAAUGUGGUGGAGAAUGAACUCCAAGCUGGGAGAGACAAAGGGGACCCCACCGAGAAACAGCUCCAGGUUGUCUUGGAGGAUGCUGCACUAUGGCAGAGGUUCAGAGAAGUUACAAAUGAGAUGAUCGUCACCAAGAAUGGCCGACGGAUGUUCCCUGUUCUAAAGAUCAGUGUCUCAGGCCUGGACCCAAACGCUAUGUAUUCCUUUCUGCUGGACUUUGCUCUGACUGACAGUCACCGCUGGAAGUAUGUCAAUGGAGAAUGGGUACCAGCAGGCAAGCCGGAGCCAUCAAAUCACAGUUGUGUCUACAUCCACCCUGACUCUCCCAACUUUGGGGCCCAUUGGAUGAAGGCAGCAGUAUCUUUUAGCAAAGUGAAACUUACCAAUAAACUGAAUGGCAAUGGGCAGAUUAUGCUGAAUUCUCUCCAUAAAUAUGAGCCUCAGGUUCAUAUAGUGCGAGUAGGAGGGCCACACAGGAUGGUAAAGAAUUGUUCUUUUCCUGAAACACAGUUCAUAGCAGUGACUGCAUACCAGAAUGAAGAGAUCACAGCUCUCAAAAUCAAAUACAACCCCUUUGCCAAAGCUUUUCUGGAUGCAAAAGAAAGAAAUCACCAAAAGGAUACUCCAGAUAUUGUCUCUGAAAGUCAACACAUGACAUAUUCUCACUUGGGCGGCUGGUUGAUUUCCAAUCCAGAUGCUGUGUGCACAGCAGGAACAUCCAGCUAUCAGUACAGUGGCUCUUUUCCUCUGCCUUCCCCACAUGCACAUCACAGCUGUGAACACUAUUCAACCCUUCGUGGACACAGAGCUGUUCCCUAUCCUGCUUCAUACAUGCACAGAAAUCAUUCUCCAUCAGUGAAUUUGAUAGACAGCACUAGCAAUGAUCUCCAAGUGUCUCCAGCGCAUGAAGGGUGGACUUCCGUACCUUCCAGUCACCAUCCCAACUUGCUUCCUGUGCCACACAACAGUGCUACUACCACACCAGGGCCUACACACUACCCGUGCCUCUGGACAGUCAAUAACAAUGCCAUUGCCAGCGUUGGGAGUGAUGCAACCAGCAGCCCUCCAGGAACCUUCCUGCGAAGUAACAUCGUGCUACCUCCUCCCACCUCCUCCUCUGCUUCCACUUCUUUGCCAGGAACCAUCCCCAGCAGCAUGGAAGCACAACUGGAGAGUGCUUUUCCUAGAUCAACUGAUUCCACUUGGGCAUCCGUAGCCUCCCAUUCAUUUUAA